AUGUCAGAAUUAGAUAUUCCUGAUGAUGGUUUUUUACAUUCUCCUAAAUUUUUUAACAGUAGAGAUGAUGUCACUGAAUAUCUAAAACUUUUUGUUACUUAUAAUCAUAUACCAUGGAAAGAUAUGUAUGAAAGAUGUUUCAAAGAAUUUUAUGUUAGUAGAGAUAUUUCAAAAGAAUGGUUUAUUGCUGCAUGUUUAGGACAAUUUGCUAUGCCUGAAGAUGUUGCUAAAGCUGUUGUUAAUCAUUUUGGUUUACCACAUUCUGCCUAUGCAUGGUUAACAAUACCACCAAUUAGAGCUACUAAAGAUAUAAGUCAAGAUCCACUUGUUUAUCGAUUAAAUGAGAUUAUAAAAGUUUAUGGUGAAACAAUCAAAGAAAUUGUACAUGAAGACUUCGGAGAUGGUAUUAUGUCAGCAAUUGACUUUAAAAUGAAUGUAGAAAAAGAAGUAGUUAAUGGUGUUGAAAGAGUUAAAUUAACAUUUUCUGGAAAAUAUUUACCGUACAAAAAGUUUUGA